UAUCGAUGCCGCUGCUGCUGCUCUCGUUACUACUACUGCUCGUCGUGUGCUGCUGCUACUGCUGCUGAAGGCGCACACCUUCUCUCUGAAUCGCGCACGCACACCUACCUAUUUGUUCAUUUACACAUGAUUCAAAUACACGCAUGAUUUGAUUGUACAUAUAUCAAGCAUUGUCGUAACGAAUCGACAAGCAGUGGCUGCUCGUAAUCCAUCGACGGCAUUUAAGUGAUAAGCUACCGUGUGUAAAGCGGACGUGGGAGAGAAGUACACAGUUUUUAUUUUUAGUGCAAUAGUAUAAUACGACGAUGAUAUGAGAUCAGUGCAGUUUUACGAUUUCCCUUUGUGAUAUAUAUAUCGAGAAAAAUAUGUAAUUUGUAACCGAGAUAAACUUCCGCAAAAGGACUCUGGUGACGUACACGUGCACUGGAUUCACAAACAUUGACUUGCAUCGAGUGCAACGAUACCAUUGUAUUUUAACGAUAAAAAGAAUAAACGCGUGUGGCAGUGUGCGCAAAUCGAGUCGUGCAUCGUGAAGGAUUUAAAACGCCGUGACGCAUCGGGAUCGAUUGGAACAAGAAAAAACAACGACGAUAAAAAACAAAGUGAUUCGACGUGCGACGCACGAGCGCAAAAAGUCCGCCGACCGACGACGACGGAUCUUGUUUCAGUUAACGAAAGGCGCAGAAAGGCCUGAAGAUUCUGCCGUCGCAGCAGCUGGGCGCUGCGGUCGCUCCAUGGCCGGGCGCCACCGGCCUCCUAGGCUCCGUCACCGCUGACGACAUGGCACAUAAGGAGUACGACGUGAUUGCAGGUCACAGCGGUGUCAAUCAGCUCGGCGGGGUGUUCGUCGGCGGCCGACCGCUGCCCGACGCGACCCGACAGAAGAUCGUCGAGCUCGCGCACUCGGGCGCGAGGCCCUGCGACAUAUCGCGCAUUCUCCAGGUCAGCAAUGGCUGCGUCUCCAAAAUCCUCGGCAGGUACUACGAGACGGGCUCGAUAAGGCCGCGAGCCAUCGGCGGCAGCAAGCCCCGAGUGGCCACCGCCGAGGUCGUCAGCAAGAUCUCGCUCUACAAAAGCGAGUGUCCGUCGAUAUUCGCCUGGGAGAUCAGAGAUCGUCUGCUGCAAGAGGGCGUCUGCUCCAACGACAACAUACCGAGUGUGUCGUCGAUAAACAGGGUACUCCGAAAUUUGGCCGCGCAAAAGGAGCAGCGACAACAGCAGCAGCAGCAACAGCAGCAGCAACAGGGUGGCGGCGGAAUCGGAGCCACGGCGAGCGCCACCGGCGUCGUGGGCGUGGGUGCGGCCAGUCCCGAGAGCGUCUACGACAAGCUCCGACUGCUCAAUGGCCAAACCGGCGGCUGGCCUCGACCUACUCCAUGGUAUCCGUCCGGAGCAGGUAGUCCUUUCUCUUCGUUACAACCGAGCUUAAGUCCGAACCAUUGUACGGCUCUCCCUCCCGAUCCAGCGGACAUUCUUCACGUGAAAAAAGCCGAGCUCGAGGGUGGACCGCACUCGGACGAGACGAACAGCGGCGGCGACAACAGCAACGCCGGCUCGGCGUCCGGCGGUGGCACCGACGACGACGCCGCCCGUAUGCGCCUCAAGCGCAAGCUCCAGCGCAACCGCACGAGCUUCAGCAACGAGCAGAUCGACUCCCUCGAGAAGGAGUUCGAGCGCACGCAUUAUCCGGACGUGUUCGCGAGGGAGAGACUGGCCGAGAAGAUCGGACUGCCUGAGGCUCGGAUACAGGUCUGGUUUUCAAAUCGACGCGCAAAGUGGCGUCGCGAAGAGAAGCUGCGCACCCAGAGAAGGGACCCGCCCCAGCAACAGCAACAGCAGCAGCAACAACAGCAACAGCAGCAACAACAGCAACAACAGCAGCAGCAACAGCAGAGCCAACAGCAGAUCCCGCAACAGCACGGGGUCGUGGCUCUGGGACACCCGACGCCGCCACCAUCCACCGGACUGUUGGGUCAACCGCCGCAGGCCCCAUCACCACCGAGGCUGCAUCACGGCUUCGCUCCAUCGGUCUAUUCGGGAAUAUCUAGCAUGCCGGAUUCGUACAGCCCCAUGACGUCUAUGUCGUCGUUCGGCAUGACGACGUCGAACGGAGGCAUCCCCGGCGGCAAUCCGAACGGCAGCGGCCAGUCCAUGUCGCCGAUGUCCUCGCUGACGGCCAGCGGCGGCCCCGGUGGCGUCGGCUCGAACUCGUCCCCCUCGGGCCUCUCGCCGAUGGGCAUGACGGUGGGCAUGUCGGUGGGUCCGUCGCCCGGGCCGGCCUGCCUGCAGCAGCGCGACAACGGCUACUCGUGCGCCGUCGGCGUCGGUCGGGCCGGCUCGAUGUCGGGCGCCGCCACGGGCUACGAGGCCCUCCACCACCUCGGCUACGGCACUCGGCCGAGCUGCAGCCCGACCCAGCCCUACCACACGGCCGCGGGCCUCAACCAUUACAAUCACCAUCAGCAUCACCAUCAGAACCAUCAUCACCAUCCGGUGGGAAGCUCGACCGGUGAGUGUCUGCCGCACUCGCUCCACUCGCUACUUGCCCUCUAGCCCAAGGAACACCACCAUCACCACCACCAUCACCUGCAGCGAUGCACCAGCUCCAACGGCAGCAGCGGCGGCGCCGUGCCAAGCGCCCCGAGCGCACCGACUGCCGUCUACAAUGCCGUCGGUUAUUACCGAUAUUAGAGAGAGACUGAUACACCGAUUGACUCGACGCUUGACUCCUGACCACCUGACCCACGCAACACACACGCACACACACGCACACGAUAUUAGAUGUGUAACGCAAAAAUUAUGCUGCUUUCUGCCCGUUAAAGCGCGUGCAGUACUUUUUAUCAUAAUUAUAUAAUUCACGAUUUGACUAUUCUCUCGAACUUCAUCGUCGGAGUUGAAUCGUCGAGUGAGCCAAAUAAAAAACAGAGCUGUGCGAGCAUGUUCACAGACACAGACACCCACACAAAAUCGCACACCCGUUUACUAUGAAUAGUUAAUUUUGACCAAUUUCGAUGCCACAAAAACCGAUGCUAGACAAUUCCGUAUGAGUGACAUCCACAUGUGUUGAUGAUGAUGAUGAUGAUGAUCGAGGGCGAUAAUGCAGUCAACCGAUAGCACAACUCAUUAACAUUAUUGCCUCGAAGUCGAUGUUGUAGAGAAAGUAUGAGAGCGGAGAGUUUGAGUUUAACUAAAAGAGAGGUGACUACGAUCGGGACACGUCGAUAUUCGGUUUGAUAUUACCAGGUAUAAGCGUGCCAAUAGCAGUGCCGGGACAGGCCGCGCCAGAUAUAAUGGCAGCGCAAUACUGGUCGCCAAGGCUGCAGUGACCGUCGCAUCAGAACCAUUGCGGCCUUCUUUCAGACCAAAGCAUUGAAUCAAUUUUUGUAUAAAACUUUUUUUCUUCGUUUUUUUUUACGUCACGCUAUAUAUCAAUGACGAACUUUAUAUUUGCACUGAACACAUGCACAGAUUAAUAAUAUAUAAAUCUUUCGUUUAAUGGAAAAUAAAAAAAAACGAGCGUCUAGAAAACAAA